GCCCUGCAACCCAGACCUGUCUCUUCUCCAGAUGCUCCUUGAGAAACUGAAUGGCACAGUGCCCUGCCUCCUGGACACCAGCACCAUCCCUGCCGAGGAGCUGACCAUGAGUCCCUCACGUUCCAUUGCCAACCCUUCCCUGAAUGAUAGCCUGGCCACUAGUAACCUCCGGCCUUCCAAUGGUGACUCGCCUUCCCACCCCUACCACCGAACCUUCUCACCCCACUUCCACCACUUUGUGGAGCAGUGCCUUCAGCGCAACCCCGAUGCAAGGCCGAACGCCAGCACCCUCCUGAACCACUCCUUCUUCAAGCAGAUCAAGCGACGUGCCUCAGAGGCAUUGCCCGAGUUGCUUCGCCCUGUCACCCCCAUCACCAACUUUGAGGGCAGUCAGUCUCAGGAUCCCAGUGGAAUCUUCAGCCUGGUGACAGACUUGGAAGGCCUGGAGGUGGAUGACUGGGAGUUCUGAGUCAAUGCAGCCUGCACCCUCCAGCUGGGGUGGGGUGUGAGCCCUGGGGGCGCUCCCUGAGGGUCGGCACCUACCUCUGGGUGCAGACUGGGUAGAAAGGACACUGUGCCGGCAGAGCUGGCUGCUGGCUGCUUGAAAGGACAUUCUGGAAGAGACUUCACUGUUUCUUUGGCUUUUGAGAGACAGGGAGUCCCAGUCACCAGGGACUUGGAGAAGCCGGAAAGCUGACAUCCUGUUCUGUGAGCUCAGGGGACCUCCUUAGAAGGAAGAGACACUGCUUUGGCCCCGAGGCUGAAGUCCAAGCCCAGAGCUUAACUCACGACCCAGGGAUCCUUCACUUCCUCUUCCUGCACUUGCGCUCAUACCAGCCUAUUCCACUCAUUUCUCUGCUCCCAGAUCCUGUAGGGCUAAACGGGGGACAAGUCCCAAGCAGCCUGUCCCUGCUCUGCCAUCAGGCAUCUCCCCAGUGUCUGUUUUAAGCACCAGGUCAGUUAUGGCUGGGCCGGGCCAUCCUCAUCCCCACCUAGCUCUUGGGCCCUGACACCUGAAACCUCUUAGCUCGUCUGUUACACUCCUUUCCCAAGAAUCCAUCCAAUGCCUCCUGCCAGCUGCUGCCUUGGUGCCUCCUCCAAGGGCCGUAAUGUCUUGCCUCAUCUGAGGGCUUGAGUAAGUCCUUACGUUGUGUUAGUUUCAUUGUCAGAACAAAUUAAAAAUUUCAGAGUAUGUCA